GCAGUUAGCUCUCAACCCUAGUCGAAGGCAGAACUAAAAAGUAUAUAUGUUUAUAUAUUUUUUAAAAGUAACUAAUAUUUCGGCCUUUGUGAUAUGAAUCGCAUUCGUCUACAUCUAGCCUUAAGUAAUAGCAAUUGUCAACGACGUUUCGCCGGAUUUGCACCAUACAAACUUUCCGAUCUGGCGUAUCCAUCUGGCAGCAGCAACAUGGAUAUCUGCGUUUUUUGCGGCAAUCCGAUCGAUGCGGAUUACAUCGUAGACGAUGCCACAUACGAUCGCGUCUGCGCCGAGACUUUGGAUACACUAUCCGAUUAUUUUGACGAUCUAAUCGACAGUGCCGUUAAUCUGCCCGACUACGAUGUGGUCUAUGGCGAUGGGGUGCUCAGCGUGGAUCUGGGCCCAGUCAAUGGCAUGUAUGUGAUCAAUCGCCAGAAGCCCAGCAAACAGAUUUGGCUAACCUCUCCGAUCAGUGGACAGAAGCGUUAUGAUUACAUUCUGCCGCCCGGCCAUGUCACCGGACAUUGGAUCGAUCAGGAAACUGGCGAAACGCUGCACGAGAUACUGCAAGAGGAGAUGGGCCAAAAGUUUCGUGGUCAAUCCGUUAACUUUCUGAUGUUGCCCUAUACCAGCCAGAACUGAUCUCAUAAGACUUGGUCACAGUUAAGAAAUCAGUGCGGGGCAAGACUUAAUGCUAAGUAGAAGACAAUAAAAAUGAGAAAUAAACUAUUUAAAACCCAA